AUGGUCUUUACGCCUGACUAUGUGGCCCCAGAUGCACCGCCAGCCUUUGAAGACAUGUGCGGCGAAGUGUGGACACAAAUAUGCCGUCACGAAUGCGCAUUCUCGCCAGACAUCUUCUUUGACAAGAUGAUGAACCUCAUCAAGAACCCCAACAUCAACUCGUCGUGGCUGUUCCGCGCCGACAUUGUGUACGAUGACGCCUCAUCGCCCGCGCGCAUUGGGGAAGUCGAAGACGAGAGCAGACCUAGGGUCAGGGAGGUCAAGAACAUCCCCAGGACGAGGAUAUUGAUACGCACCCUCGUGCCCAGAAAUACGCUCCGGGACGCCCCCGUGAACCAGACCUGCACGUUCCACCAACACUCCUCGCAAGGCGAGGAGGACCUCAUCAGAAGUUUGGUCAUUUACAUCCCGCAUGUUGACUCUGUCGAGGACUACCCCUUUUACCACCCCAAGGUCAGGGGCGUAGCGCACUACCAUGAAUGGGAUGCGUCCACAGGUGCAGGAUUCAUCUCCAUUCACUUCCUCCCAUUUGCGGACAUUCCCGUCGCCGCGGACAAGAACCUGCAAAGAAUUGCCUACCAUCUGCUGGAAGUCUUGCACAAACAUGGCGAGGGCGUGGCCAAGGGUUACGUCAAGCGCGUCCAGCACGACAUGAUUGUCCCGCAGAUCAAGUUCCAGGAUCGAUACGCGGAGCUCAAGGGGAAGUAUGCCAGAUCCCUUAUUGGCGAAUGGGACGAGAAGACCGAUCCGGUUAAACAUGUCUUUGAAGAUCUCGGCAUAGCGGCCUUCUUGAUCGAGAUGUGGAUGACCAUGUACCGGGAGCACCCCUUCCCCGGGUUCGUCGACAUUGGCUGCGGCAACGGACUGUUGGUGCACAUCCUGAAUCAAGAAGGAUACUCUGGCUGGGGGUUUGACGCUCGGUCACGCGGAUCAUGGCAGAAGUAUGCUUCCCCGUGCUCCGCGUCGCCAACGGGCUCAUCUCUCGCUCAGCGCCUCCUCUUGCCCUCUAUCAUCCAAUCCACCACGUCGUCCCCUAUGGAUCCAGCGACGACCCACGACGGAGUCUUCCCGACCGGCACCUUUAUCAUCUCCAACCACGCCGAUGAGCUCACCCCUUGGACGCCGCUCCUCGCUACCUUGUCAUCCAGCCCCUUUCUGGUCAUCCCUUGCUGCUCACAUGCACUGUCCGGCGCCAGACAGCGUCACCCGCCCCCAAAGGACAAGUCUAAGGGCAGCUCGACGUACGCGAGUCUAGUGGAAUGGACAAGGCACAUCAUGGAGCGCUGUGGGUGGGAGGUGGAGACCGAGACGUUGAGGAUACCGAGCACACGAAAUAUCGGCCUCGUUGGCAGGCGGAGAACAGCGGAAGAGGUGGACAUACUACAGAUCAUCGCCGAGUUUGGUGGUGCAGACGGCUUUGCGAGUAAUGUCGAGCAGCUGCUGAAGGGUGGCCCGCGAGGUCAUUGA